AUUUUUCGUCAGGUUUAGAAUUGAGCAGCCCUAAUCACCACCACCAGCUCUGACGUAAAUGUAAUUUGCCUCUAUGCAGUGUUAUCGUGCACGGGUGUGUAAUUUGGCUACUCUCAUUCCUGACAUUUUUCGUUCCUCUGCGUCGUCUACUCAUUGACUCUUUCUACGCAAUCACCCAACCUGUGCAUUGCGUACCACGAUCCCGUGUUGCGCUAGGACUUUUCCCUCAUGUAUUUGGGCUGAUACGACUUGAUUUUCGAAUCAGUCUUCUAGCAAGGAUGUACUCAAGAUAUCGAUGUAUCAAUGAGCGCAAGGAUCCCGAUGGCCUUUGGCCGUUGACGUUGACCUGGUGGGCUGGACUGAUGAUGUGAACAUGUGGACGCAGCAUGUACCCGAGUAUGAUGCCGUCAGGAUGGAUCAUUCGGACGAAAUGACUGCAAUAUGAGCCUCUAAUGAAAUUCCUCGAGUCUCUCGUCUUACAGAUCGGUGGCGUUAUUCGCAUCCAAGUCCAGAGCGAACAUGAUCCUAUAUACCUGGAAGAGAGGAUAGAUUCCUUCCUCGAUGAGAUGAAGACCAAACUGGAGAGACUUUCAGAAGAGGAACUACAAGCGACAAAGGCGACUCUAGAAAAGUCAUGGACUGAGAAGCCCGUGAACCUCGGAGAAGAAAAAGGCUUCUAUUGGCUUCCUAUCGAAUCUGGCUACCUUAACUUUCUAUGGCGCGAUGAAAACCUUGCGGUCUUACCAACUAUCACCGAAGAGGAUCUUUCGUUGUUCUUCAAUACUUACAUUCACCAUGCUUCUCCGGAUCGUGCAAAACUCUCGAUACACAUGAGGUCCUUAAAGUCUUCUUCAGCGAAUCCGAGCGUUUCUUUCAAAUCCCCGAGUGCCAAUAGUCUAUCAUCUGGCUCACAAGUCUCGAAAGACCCUGCAAAUAUUGGAUCUUCGGCAGUAGAAGAUGUCACGGCCUCCGUGUUGCCGGAACUUACUCAGAAAGGAUUUACAAUUCAGCAUCUAGCAUAACAAAGCGCUCCGUACAUGUAACUUUUUAUAUCUACUUGAGAUGAAGUCCACCAAGAGACUCCGAAGUGGAAUCAGCUUUCUCCUCACUCUCAACAGGUCAUUGUCCGCAUACAGUACCGUUUGAAAACCUCGUCAACUCAGACACAACGGCAGCAAUGUAGUCAUAACCUUUC